AUGGCGGAAAACGGCGACGUGGAUGUCAAGCUGAAUUGGCUCUUGGUGGUUAUAGACACGUUCGGCGAAGCGGUCAAUGCGCAGAGCCAGUAUGCGGAGUCUCGCGGGAUCUCAUGGGAUCGGUUCGGAAGCAUGGCUGCAUAUGUCUUUUCGUCCUAUGGAAUCGCCACGUUUUUGGUGGCUGUUCUUCUAAACAGAACCAUGCUUCUUGCAGCCGCAACGAAUCCGGAUGGCCGUGCUGCUGUGGUCAACAAUGGACUCAUUACCUUGAUCCGGAAACGGCCUCGUUCUCAGGCGCUAGUGUUGGGGAUGUUGCGUCUUCUGGCGCUCUAUGUAUUGGCAAUGAGGGCAUACAGCAUAUUUGUCGCUUUGUCGGUCGUUGCCCUCAAUGAAAAGCCUGGUGCGGUGUGCCAAUUGACUAGAUGGGUGGGCCAGUACAUGCACUAUGAUCCUCAGGCUUGGGCUGACGAUAAGUUCAUGCGAAUGCCUCGAAAUGAAGUCCGCUUUGGUCCUACGUCCAGUAUGCUUUGGCCUAUUUUUACUGGUGUAAGUUAUUCGCUCUUUGUGGAGAGCUUCUCCUCUGCCAUUCUCAACACGAAACCAUUUCUCGAAGGAGGUAUUUCCCUUUUUGAGCUUUCCUUAGCCAUUCAAGAAAUGAGCUCGGGUUUCUUUUUCUUGCGGGAGUUCAGUAUCGCAAAGCGUCCGCUGGAACAGGUAUUGAUUGUUUGCUUAUUUCUGAUCUGCGACCAAUUCUGCAACCAGAUUGGCUCUCUCGUAUUCAAAAACCAGUACCGUCUUAUAUCUCUGACGGCGCUUAAUCUUUGCUUCAUUUGGUAUUAUGUGUCCAACGUCCUUGCCGGUAAAUUGUUCAUGUUUCCGAUAAACAUCUCAGUGACAUACUUGACGUUGAUUUUCGUAUUGGUGACUUCGCUAGUCUGUCUUGCGAUCCUUGCGCUAGCUAUAAUCACCAAGGGCUUUGAUCUUGCAGCGCUCAAUUUCACAAACUACUUCGCUGAAGACCACAGAGAACGUGAGUUUUUCACACAACAUCUCGGGAUUCGAUUGAGUCAGGACUUCCAUUUGGCUGUUCUCAACUUGGGAAUCUUUGCCGUCACUCUGGCCGGAAAAUCCAGCUAUAGCACCGAGUACAGCUUCGUACCUCUUCCUCAGCAGACUUGGAUAGAGGCCAGUUUGUUUACCAAAAUGAAGAUGAUCAUCAAAUCUAUGAACUCUGCUCAAAUCAAAAAGCUUGGAGCUGAAGAAUUGGAGGCGCUCUUCAAAUGUGAACCACAACAGGGCUACGGGAAAAUCAUUGCAAAACCCACCUCCAGGGCGUUGAGCAGUAUCGGUUUGGUUCGCAACAACAAAUCAAGUAGCACUACCAAAAUCCGUGCUAAGUAUCUUACGGAAAUCUUUUUGAGAGGCUUCCAGGUUUGCAAGUAUUGGUUUGCCUCUCUGUUUGUCCUUGUGAAGCGCACACUAGGCUUCAAGAACGUUGAGGCACCCUGGCCACCGGCAUUUCUACUCAAUGACUUCCAUUCUGAACGUAUGAGUGCGGAGUAUUCCCAAGCCAUCAGAGAAGAUUCCGAAAAGCCUACUGGGUACUUGACAAGUUUGGAUGACGACGAAUUAUCUGAUUUGGACUACACAGGUGACAUGACCGAUGAUGAGGAUCUUUCGCAGGCAGAAAGUGAUUCAGAAGACGAGAUUACCUUGAAUAUGACAGUUCUUAAUGAGGAUGAUGAGCAAGAAGAAGACGAUAACAACUAUCAGUCGGCGUUUUCGGAGCUUCUAAGCGCGGAUGACUAUGUCGAGUUGAUCGAGAAUCAGGAGAUGGUAAGCCAACAUUGGAGAUAUCUGAAAGAACAUGAUGGCAUUAUGACGAGAUCUCGGUACCAUCGUGCUCCGAAUGUCUCUACAGCCAACGCUGGUAAUUCUGGCGAUCUCCUCAGUCUUAUAAAUUCGAUACGAAACAAGGAAGCGGAGUCGAAGAGGGAGCUAAUUAGCGAAGAGUCUGAGGAUGUUUCGGGAGAUGCCUCUAGACUAUUGUGCGUCAUUUGUCAGUACAACCCGCGAGAGAUCAUUACAUGGCCAUGCAAGUGUUUUGCGAUCUGCGAAGAAUGUCGGAUUCGUCUUGCAAGCAACAGUAUGGAGGGAUGUGUUUGUUGUCGUCGAGAUGUGGAAGGAGUGAGCCGCAUUUAUAUCCCAUAG